AUGGCGCGGCGACGAAUUCAGAUGGAAGAGGGAAAAGUCUGCUGUUCGAUCUGUCUGGAUCGACUGAAGGAUCCAGUGACGAUUCCCUGUGGACACAGUUACUGUAUGAACUGUAUUAAAAGACACUGGGAUGAAGAGAACCAGAGGACAAUCCCCAGCUGUCCUCAGUGCAGACAGAUCUUCGGAUUGAGGCCUGUCCUGGUGAAAAACACCAUGUUGGCAGAUUUAGUGGAGGAACUGAAGAAGACUGGUCUCCUACCUGUUCGUGCUGACCACUGCUAUGCUGGACCUGAAGAUGUGGGAUGUGAUGUCUGUACCGGGAGAAAGCUGAAAGCUCUCAAGUCCUGUGAGCAGUGUCUCGUCUCUUACUGUGAACAACACCUCCAGCCUCAUUAUGAAUCCCCUGCCUUCGAAAAACACAAGUUGGUCAGUCCCUCCAAGAAAAUUCAGGAGAACGUCUGUACUCGCCACAACGAGGUGAUGAAGAUUUUCUGCCGCACUGAUCAGAAGUGUAUCUGUUAUCUUUGCUCCAUGGAAGAACACGAAGGCCACAACACAGUGACAGCUGCAGUAGAACGGGCUGAGUGGCAGAAAGACCUCGAGGUGAGUCAACAAAAGAUCCAGCAGAGAAUCAAGAACAGAGAGAAAGAUGUGAAGCUUCUUCAGCAGGAGGUGAAGGAUCUCAAUCAUUCUGCUGAUAAAGCUGUGGAGGACAGUGAGAAGAUCUUCACAGAUCUGAUCCGUCUCAUUGAGAAAAGAAGCUCUGAUGUGAAGCAGCAGAUCAAAUCUAAACAGACAACUGAAGUAAGUCGAGUCAAAGAGCUUCAGGAGGAGCUGGAGGAGGAGAUCUCUCAUCUGAGGAGGAAAGACAUCGAAUUGGAACAACUGAAACGCACAGAGGAUGACACCAAGUUUCUACUUCGAUACCCCUCUCCGACACAUAUUCGUGAAUCCAGAGACUUACCCAGUUCCACCGGCGGUCCUCUGCGAUACUUUGAUGAUGUGGCUGAAGCUGUGUCAGAGGCCAGAGACAAACUUGAGGAAAUUCUUGGUGAGGAAUGGACCAUGAUCUCACAUGCGUUGAUCAACGUGGAUGUGUUUCUGCCUGAAGCAGAACCAAGGACCAGAGGUGAAUUUUUAAAAUAUUCACACAGAAUUACACUGGAUCCAAACACAGCAAAUAGAAAGCUGUUGUUAUCUGAGGGGGACAGAAAAGCAUUAAACACAGGGAAAAAACAGUUGUACUCUAGUCACCCAGACAGAUUUAUGAACAGGUCCCAAGUCCUCAGUAAUAAGAGUCUGACUGGACGUCAUUACUGGGAGGUCAAAUCGAGUGGGAUUGGAGUGUAUGUAGCUGUCGCAUACAAAGAUAUCAGCAGAAUAGGAGCAGAAAGUGAAUUUGGAAUGAAUGACAAGUCUUGGGCUUUCCAAUGUUUAGGGCCUGAUCAUAGAUUGAGUCAUGACAACUAUACAACUCCAGUCUCUGGUUGUCAGUCUGACACAGUGGGAGUGUACCUGGAUCACAGGGCAGGUAUCAUGUGCUUCUAUAGCGUCUCUGAAACCAUGACCCUCCUCCAUAGAGUCCAGACCACGUUCACUCAGCCUCUUUAUGCUGGACUCAGGGCCUAUAGUCUUUUGGGUUUGGGAUCAUCUGCAGAGUUUUGUGAGCCAAAAGACAAAAUCAACUAAAUAUUCCAUUAAUUGAGAGUUCUCCAACUGCUAUACCAAUGUUUGAUCCUCAUCACUGCUCAUGUAUCCAACUAGAGGAUUUUUGUCAGAA